AUGCAGAACUACGACGCGCUGUAUGACUAUUCCUGCAACCACCGCUCCGACUUCUGGCGCCAUGUGAUACAAUACUUUCCCGUUGUGUACAGUGGGACGAUCCCGGACGUGGUAGUGGACGAAUCUGCCCGCAUGGAUUCGGUGCCGGCCUGGUUUCCCGGCGUCAAGUUGAACUUUGCCCAGAACAUCCUCUUUUCUGGAGACAAGAACGGCCACGCCGUCAUCGACGCCGCCAAGGCAGACGGCAAGAUCGCCUGCACCGAAGUGCGAGAGGGGAGCUUCCUGGAACCGAUCCACCACGUCUCCUGGAAGGAGCUUCGCCAGAGGGUGGGCCAGCUGUCGCAGGCGAUGAGAGCCCGGGGCGUUCAGAAGGGAGACCGCAUCGCCGUGGUCGCCAGCACCAGCGUCGACACCUUGGUCGUGUUCUUGGCCACUGCCACUCUGGGCGCUCUCUUCAGUUCCAGUUCGACCGACAUGGGCGUCAAAGGCAUCUUGGACCGACUGACCCAGAUCAGACCGAAGUAUCUCUUCAUGGACGACUGGGCCGUGUACAACGGAAAGAAGAUCGACCUACGACCCAAGAUGAAGGACGUGAUUGCCGGCAUGGGCGGAGUGGACGAGUUCGAGGGCAUCGUUUCACAGGUCCGCUUCGCCCACUCUCCGGCCGAUAUCUCGUCGGUGCCUCGCGCGCAGACCUGGUCCGACUUCAUCAGUGCAGCCCGAUCUUCUGACCUUGAAUUCGAGCCGACGAGCUUCUCUGACCCAUUCCUCGUCGUAUAUUCAUCCGGCACCACGGGCCAACCGAAAUGUAUCGUCCACGCCAUCGGCGGCGUGGUCCUCAACGCUCACAAGGAAGCCGCCCUCCAUCGAUCCAUGGGCCCAGAAUCGACCCAGCUCCAGUACACGACGACGGGCUGGAUCAUGUACAUGAGCAGCGUGCAGGCGCUACUGGUAGGAUGCCGGAUGCUCAUCUACGACGGCAGUCCGUUCACGCCCAAUAUCACCAACUUCAUCAAACUGCUGGGUCAAGAGAAGGUGACGCAUCUCGGCAUCAGUCCGCGGUAUUUGCAAACGCUGCAGUCGAACAGCGUCGUGCCAAAGAACGUGACAGACCUUAGCCAUCUCAAAGUGGUGACGAGCACCGGUAUGGUACUGUCCGACCAAUUGUUCGAAUGGUUCUACGACGAGGGGUUCCCGCCUUCCGUGCACUUGGACAACAUCUCGGGCGGUACGGAUCUGGCUGGCUGCUUCGGGUGCGGCAACCCCAUUGUCCCGGUCUAUGUCGGCGGAUGUCAGUCUCGUAAUCUCGGCGUCUCGGUCAAGGUAUACGACCAGACAAUCGAGGGCGGCGUAGGCAUCAAAGGCGUCGAGGUCCCGGACGGUGUGCCGGGUGAGUUGGUUGCCGACAAAGCGUUCCCGACCAUGCCCAUCAAAUUCUACGGAGACAAUGGGCCGCAAAAAUACUUUGACAGCUAUUUCGCGCGUUUCGACAAUGUCUGGACGCACGGGGAUUUCAUUCUGAUCCAUCCUGUCACGAAACAGGUCUUCUUCCUGGGCCGUGCGGACGGCGUGCUCAAUCCAAGUGGCGUCCGAUUUGGUUCCGCCGAGAUCUACAGCAUCAUCGAGGCCAAGUUUGCCGAUCGCAUCAGCGACAGUAUCUGUGUCGGGCAAAGGCGGCCACAGGAUCCGGACGAGCGAGUGAUGCUCUUCUUGCUGAUGCAACCCGGCCAUCAGUUCACGCCACAGCUAGUGAGAGAAGUCAAGGAGGCGAUCCGGAAAGCGACGAGUCCCCGACAUGUGCCAAAGUUUGUGUUUGAGACGAAAGAGAUCCCGACCACGGUCAACCUUAAGAAGGUCGAACUACCGGUGAAACAAAUUGUGUCGGGGAAAGUCAUCAAGCCAUCUGGGACGCUGUUGAACCCGCAGAGUCUGGACUAUUAUUAUCGGUUUGCAAAGGAUGAGAAUCUGAUUGACGUGGGCGAUCUGAAGGCGAAACUAUAG